AUGAAAAAUCUGGGUGCUCUGAAGUACUUUCUGGGGUUUGAGGUGGCCCGUAGCAAGCAUGGAUUUUAUGUUUGCCAGAGAAAAUAUGCCUUGGAUAUUGUUUCAGAGACUGGAUUGUUAGGUGCAAAACCUGCUGACUUCCCAAUGGAGCAAAAUCACAAGCUGGCCUUAGCAGAGGGGAAGGAAUUUGGUGUAUUCCGUGCACAUUUUGUCGCAAUUUAUGCAAGCACCAAGAGAGGAGCAUUGGGAAGCAGCAUUGAGAGUAGUACGAUAUCUGAAAAAGUGUCCAGGACAGGGUAUAUUCUUCUAUGUUUUGAUAGUGCAUUGCAACUAGAGGGAUGGUGUGACUCAGAUUGGGAAAGUUGUCCUUUGACCCGUCGUUCGUUGACUGGGUGGUUCGUAUUACUUGGUUUUUCUCCGGUGUCCUGGAAAACUAAGAAACAAAAUAUUGUCUCUCGCUUAUCCGAGGAAGCAGAAUAUCGAUCGAUGGCAGCGUUGACUUGUGAGUUGAAGUGGUUGAAGCAACUGCUACGAGAUUUGGGUGUUGACCACAAAUAG